AUGUCCGACGCCCGCGCGUACGACGCGGUCGCGCGCGGGAAGCUGCGACUGAAACGCGCGGGCGCUUCGACGUCCACGGAGGGCGGGACGACGUCGAAGCGGGCGAAGAAGAGGGCGAAGAAGACGGCGACGGCGACGACGACCGAGGGUGACGAACGAGGGACGGGCGACGUGGGCGAUCGACGGACCGAGGCGGAGAAGGCGUACGAGGAGGCGUACAGGAAGCAACACGAGGCGCGGCUCGUGCGAGAGUUGGCGAGUAAAUCGCACAAGGACAAGGUGCGAGAGUUUAACGAAAAAUUGAGCAAGAUGUCGGAGCAUCACGAUUUGCCAAAGAUUGGACCGGGGUGA